AUGUAUCCCGAUUAUCAAUUCCAGUUCUGGUUCCGCAGCGUGCUUGUGCGAUGGAAGGAUAUGGUCUACAGAAGAACUACCAUGGAUGGUCACCACAUGCCAGCUGAAACCAUCCAGCUUCCUGCAGUUGUUCUUGUUAUUAUGUCUGCAGCUUUGGGUACUGUGAUUGGAGCCCAAUUUCUGGACAAGGUUGAUAUAUCGCCCGUUGUGAAGAUUUUAGAGAGCGUAUAUCAGUCCGUGUCCAUAAAAUAA